AUCAUCAAAACUUUAUUUCAUUUCAUUUUCUUUCAUAAACUUAACUAUGUCAAACUCAGAAAAGUUCAAUUCUGUUCAAUAUGUUCAUACAAUAUCUGAGGCCGGUCGCCUCCUCCUGCCAAUCGUUGGAACUCGAUAGUAUUGGACUUCAAUCUCCUCCCUGAAUCUUCUUUAAGUGAAAAUUUUGAAUCUUUACAAUCAAGAUUCUCAAAAUCUAUUGAUAUUAACCUGUUUGUUAAAAAUAAAAUCCAUUUCAAACGAUUCGUCGUUGUAUCAGCCUUGAUAAUUCUCAUUAUACCCACUUUUAUUCUGCUUAAGCAUUUUUAUCAUCCAAGAAAACAUCAUCAUGACUCUUCCCACAACAUCACUCUUGUUCUUAACAAAGCUCUUCUCUUCUUUGAUGCUCAAAAAUGUUGCCGGGAAUAAUUCAAAUGCUGAGAAUGAUCUAACUUGUUGGAAAAGACCAGAAGACAUGAACUACCCGAGGCUUGUUUCGGUUUGUGACAUUAGUACUGCUUCAGAAUUUGCAGGGGAAGUGAUAGCAGCAAUAUCAACUGCAUCAUUAGUAUUGAAAAAAGAUGAGGACAUUUCAGAGGAAUUGGUGAAAACAGCAGAGAAAUUGUUAAUUCUAGCAAAUAGAACAGCGAAGAAAGGGAAGUACACGACGAAUGAUGAGUGUGGAGGACAAGCUAGACAAUUUUAUAACUCAACUAGUUACAAAGAUGAAUUGGUUUGGGGUGGACUUUGGUUAUUUUUGCAACAGGAAACAAAACUUACCUUAAGUAUGCAACAGAAAACUUUGCCUCAGCUGUAAAAGGAAGAGGUAGCUUCUGAAGAAGGCGUCUUCGAUUGGAACAACAAAACUACUGCUAUAUCGGUAACUUGACACAAAAUCUUGAUGAGAAAUAAUGUUUUCUGUUGUAUGUAUUUCAUUUUAAGACUAAAACUUACUACUGUUAUAUAGAUACUGCUUACAAGGAUAAUGUACUUUCGGGAUCUUGGUUAUCCAUAUGAGUCUUUGUUUAUAUCAUCAACGAACAAUAUUGAUUUGCUCAUGUGUUCGUAUACUUAUGAUACAAAGUACAGCAAAACAGCAA